GAUGGUGGCUUUUCUUUUCCCUUUUAGAGUGCCCGGUGAAGAAUGUGAUGGGAUCAGUAGCAUGUCUUCGGAGAGCGGCCCUGGGACGAGAUUAAGAAAUCUGCCCGUAAUGGGGGAUGGACUAGAAACUACCCAAAUGUCUACAACGCAGGCCCAAGCCCAACCCCAGCAAGCCAACGCAGCCAGCACCAACCCUCCGCCCCCGGAGACCUCCAACCCCAACAAGCCCAAGAGGCAGACCAACCAACUGCAAUAUCUGCUCAAAGUGGUGCUCAAGACACUAUGGAAACACCAAUUUGCGUGGCCUUUCCAGCAGCCUGUGGACGCCGUCAAGCUAAACCUCCCUGAUUACUAUAAGAUCAUUAAAACACCUAUGGAUAUGGGAACAAUAAAGAAGCGCUUGGAAAACAACUAUUACUGGAAUGCUCAGGAAUGUAUCCAGGACUUCAACACUAUGUUUACAAAUUGUUACAUCUACAACAAGCCUGGAGAUGACAUAGUCUUAAUGGCAGAAGCUCUGGAGAAGCUCUUCUUGCAAAAAAUCAACGAACUGCCCACCGAAGAAACAGAGAUCAUGAUAGUUCCAGCAAAAGGAAGAGGACGUGGGAGGAAAGAAGCAGGGCCGGCAAAACCUGGCGUCUCUACGGUACCAAACACAACGCAAGCAUCGACUCCUCCGCAGACACAGACCUCUCAGCAAAACCCUCCACCUGUGCAGGCCACACCUCACUCCUUCUCCACCAUCACCCCAGACCUCAUUGUCCAGACCCCUGUCACAGUGGUGCCUCCCCAGCCACUGCAGACUCCUCCGCCUGUGCCCCCUCAACCCCCACCCCCACCAACUCCCCAACCUGUGCAGAGCCAUCCACCCAUCAUUGCGGCCACCCCACAGCCUGUGAAGACAAAGAAGGGUGUUAAGAGGAAAGCAGACACCACCACCCCCACUACCAUCGAUUCCAUUCAUGAGCCACCUUUGCUGCCCCCAGAGCCCAAGACCACCAAGCUGGGCCCCCGGCGGGAGAGCAGCCGGCCCGUGAAACCCCCAAAGAAGGAUGUGCCCGAUUCACAGCAGCACCCAGCACUGGACAAGAGCAGCAAGAUCUCAGAGCAGCUCAAGUGCUGUAGUGGCAUCCUCAAGGAGAUGUUCGCCAAGAAGCAUGCCGCCUAUGCUUGGCCUUUCUACAAGCCCGUGGACGUGGAGGCGCUGGGCCUUCAUGACUACUGUGACAUCAUCAAGCAUCCCAUGGAUAUGAGCACAAUCAAGUCUAAGCUGGAGGCCCGUGAGUACCGUGAUGCUCAGGAAUUUGGUGCAGAUGUCCGGUUGAUGUUCUCCAAUUGCUACAAGUACAACCCUCCUGACCACGAAGUUGUAGCCAUGGCCCGAAAGCUCCAGGAUGUAUUCGAGAUGCGCUUUGCCAAGAUGCCAGAUGAGCCUGAGGAGCCUAUGGUGGCUGUGUCGUCCCCUGUGGUGCCACCCCCCACCAAGGUUGUGGUCCCACCCUCAUCCAGUGACAGCAGCAGCGAUAGUUCCUCCGACAGCGACAGCUCAACUGAUGACUCUGAGGAGGAGCGAGCCCAGCGGCUGGCCGAGCUUCAGGAGCAGCUCAAAGCCGUGCACGAGCAGCUUGCAGCCCUCUCGCAGCCCCAGCAGAACAAACCAAAGAAAAAGGAGAAAGACAAGAAGGAAAAGAAAAAAGAAAAGCACAAAAAGAAAGAGGAAAUGGAGGAGAAUAAGAAAAGCAAAGCCAAGGAACUUCCUCCCAAAAAGACCAAGAAAAACAACAGUAGCAACAGUAACACAAGCAAGAAGGAACCGGUGCCCAUGAAGAACAAGCCUCCUCCAGCAUACGAGUCAGAGGAGGAGGACAAGUGCAAGCCCAUGUCAUAUGAGGAGAAGCGCCAGCUCAGCCUGGACAUCAACAAGCUCCCUGGUGAGAAGCUGGGCCGAGUGGUACACAUCAUCCAGUCGAGGGAGCCCUCACUCAAGAACUCCAACCCCGACGAGAUUGAGAUCGACUUCGAGACCCUAAAGCCAUCCACCCUGCGGGAACUGGAGCGCUACGUCACCUCCUGUUUGCGGAAGAAACGGAAACCUCAAGCGGAGAAAGUGGAUGUGAUUGCUGGCUCCUCCAAGAUGAAGGGCUUCUCGUCCUCUGAGUCUGAGAGCACCAGCGAGUCCAGCUCCUCUGACAGUGAAGACUCCGAAACAGAGAUGGCUCCGAAGUCAAAAAAGAAGGGGCACCCUGGGAGGGAGCAGAAGAAGCAUCAUCACCACCAUCACCAGCAGCUGCAGCAGGCCCCAGGCCCUGGGCCCCAGCAGCCCCCGAUACAGCAGACUGCCCCCACGAUGAAGUCCUCGCCCCCGCCCUUCAUCGCCGCCCAGGUGCCCGUCCUGGAGCCCCAGCUCCCAGGCAGCGUCUUCGACCCCAUCGGCCACUUCACCCAACCCAUCCUGCACCUGCCGCAGCCCGAGCUGCCCCCUCACCUCCCCCAGCCACCCGAGCACAGCACUCCGCCUCAUCUCAACCAGCACUCAGUGGUCUCUCCUCCAGCUUUGCACAACGCGCUGCCCCAGCAGCCAUCGAGGCCCAGCAACCGAGCUGCCGCCCUGCCCCCCAAGCCUGCCCGGCCCCCUGCUGUGUCGCCUGCUCUGGCCCAACCGCCCCUGCUCCCACAGCCCCCCAUGGCCCAGCCACCCCUGCCACCCCCGCCUCAUCCCUCCGUGCAGCAGCAGUUACAGCAGCCACCACCUCCUCCUCCACCCCCACAGCCACAGCCACAGCCACAGCACCAGCCACCCCCCCGACCUGUGCAUAUGCAACCCAUGCAGUUCCCCACCCACAUCCAGCAGCCUCCGCCACCCCCAGGCCCUCAGCCCCCUCACCCGCCCCAGGGCCAGCAGCCACCCCCACCGCAGCCCGCCAAGCCUCAGCAAGUCAUCCAGCAUCACCCUUCACCCCGGCACCACAAGUCGGACCCCUACUCAACCAGUCACCUCCGUGAAGCCCCCUCCCCGCUUAUGAUACAUUCCCCCCAGAUGCAACAGUUCCAGAGCCUGACCCACCAAUCGCCACCCCAGCAAAGUGUCCAGCCGAAGAAGCAGGAGCUGCGUGCAGCCUCUGUGGUCCAGUCCCAGCCCCAGCCCCUGGUGGUGGUGAAGGAGGAGAAGAUCCACUCACCCAUCAUCCGCAGCGAGCCCUUCAGUCCCUCGCUGCGGCCGGAGCCCCCCAAGCACCCGGAGAACAUCAAGGCUCCCGUCCACCUGCCCCAGCGGCCUGAAAUGAAGCCUGUGGACGUUGGAAGGCCUGUGAUCCGGCCCCCUGAACAGAAUGCACCCCCAGCAGGGGCUCCCGACAAGGACAAACAGAAACAGGAGCCGAAAACACCAGUUGCCCCUAAAAAGGACCUUAAAAUCAAGAACAUGGGCUCCUGGGCUAGCCUGGUGCAGAAGCACCCCACCACCCCAUCCUCCACAGCUAAGUCAUCGAGUGACAGCUUUGAGCAGUUCCGUCGCGCUGCCCGUGAGAAAGAGGAACGGGAAAAGGCCCUGAAGGCGCAGGCUGAACAUGCAGAGAAGGAGAAGGAGCGACUACGGCAGGAGCGCAUGAGGUGGGCGCGGGCUCCGCGGGCGGGGGCUCCUGGGGCGCCCCAGCAGCAGCAGAGGCAGGAGCAACAGCAGCAGCAGCAGCAGCAACAAGCGGCUGCAGUGGCUGCAGCUGCCGCCGCCCCCCAGGCCCAGAGCUCCCAGCCCCAGUCUAUGCUGGACCAGCAGCGGGAGCUGGCCCGAAAGCGGGAGCAGGAGCGAAGGCGCCGGGAAGCGAUGGCAGCUACCAUUGACAUGAAUUUCCAGAGUGACCUAUUGUCAAUAUUUGAAGAAAAUCUUUUCUGAGAGCACCUAGGUGACUUCUGACUUUGAUUUUCUGGCAAAAAGAUGACUCUCCAUAGUGUUAGGCGUGGCAGCGGAGGCGGGAGCAGCAUCCACAACCUGUCUCUGGACCUGGCCCUUGUGCAUGCUAUGCCAGGGCAGGCCUGACGGGCAGCUAAGGACUGUAGAGCCCGUCUGCCUUACAGCCAGCCGGACGUUCUGUCACCCUCACAGGACAUCAGCUCAGAACACGUCUCACUAUGAGCAAGUGUCGGCCAGACCCAAGUCCGCGUCCCCGCGUGUGGGCAGAGGCCCUACUCUCCGCCAAAUGUCUACACAGUAUACAGAGGACAUCGUUGCUGCCGCCACCGUGACUGGUUUUCUGUCCCUGAGAUCAUGACGUUCAUGACGUCCUGCCUGCCGGGAGUCCUUCCCCACACCCCAGCCUCAGAUGCCUGCCCCCAGGACAGCAGGACAGGCCCAAGUGAGCUGGAGGCAAAAGAGGGCACCGGUCCACCCCCUUGCUGGCACUGACUUUGCCUUGAACAGAUCCCACCCCUGCCCUCCCCCCACAAGCCUUUAAUCAAGAGCCGCUCUCUGUAAGUGUUUGCUUGUGCAAAAGGGAAUAGUGCCGUGGAGGUGUGUGUGUCCAUGGCAAUCCAGAGCGAGGUGACUGUCACGCGCGUGUGGGCCAGCCUCGCCUGGUGAGUGAGGCCACCAACCAAAGUCAGUUCCUUCCCACCUGUGUUUCUGGGGUUUUUUUUUUCUAUAUAUAUAUUUUUUGUUGGAUUCUAUUUUAUUUUUAAUUCUCCUCCUCCAAACACAAUGGCACUGCUUAUCUCUGAAAUGGUGUAAUCCUCUCCUCAUUGGGCAGCAGCUGCCACUGCGCUGUGGGUAGUGUGUGACUGUGGCUGUAUAGUGAAACAUAGUUGGCAUAUCCUUGUUUGAAGUUUGUUGGUGACUCCACCAAACUGGUGUAAAAAACCUCAAAAACCCACAAAACGAAACACAAAACACACAAAAAAACUGCCUACAUUGUACUCAGUUUCAAACUUUAUUAGUCUAUUUUUAAUUACAAAACCAGAAAGCUGUGUUUUCUUUUCCCAACCCCAUUCAUUGGCUUCUUUGUUUUUAAUGUCAAAUCUGUUUGAGUUGUUUUUUACCAGAAAAGGAAGGGUCAGGCCAGGGGACAAGCGGGUGCCAGGGCCACAGACUGAGGCAGAGGCUCCUGGCCUGGCACCCGCUCAGUGCCCACCUGCGGGCACUUCCCUCACUUUUUUUUUUAAGUUUUAUAAUUGGAGCCCUUGGUGAGGUUACACGUGCCAUGAUAACCCACUCUACACCACAACACUGGUGCCUCAGUGUUGGCCAUACUCUGGAGUCAGUGACUGGUUUGACUUUCAUACAGUGAAUAUGCAUUUGGUCUGUACUGAUCAUGGAAUAAACACAUCUCUCUUUUUUAA